AUGAAAACCCGAAGAGGAAAGCGCUCUGAGGCAUUCUGGCCAUCAAUGGUGAUGAAGAAGUGGUUAAACAUUCAGCCACAGAAUAAUGAUUUUAGUGAAGAUGAAGUUGAUACAGAGACUGAAAGUGAAGAUGAUGUUUACUCUCUUAAAAACGAAAGAAAUCAUUUUGAUAAGAAAUGUGUUCGAAGAACACAGAGAAAUAUGUCUUCGUGUACAAGUCAUACCUUAGAUGGCAUGCCUGGAAAAGGGGUGAUAAAACAUAAGAGGGGGAAAUCAGAGACAUUACGCGUUCAUUAUAUUAAACCAAAAGAUGUGAGGAUGACAAUUGGCACAUGGAAUGUUGCUGGAAGGCUCCCUAACGAAGAUCUUGAGAUCGAUGAGUGGCUCUGUAUGGAUCAACCAUCUGAUAUAUACAUUCUUGGUUUUCAAGAAGUUGUCCCUUUGAGUGCUGGGAAUGUACUGGGAGCUGAAACACGAAGGCCGAUAUCAAAAUGGGAGGCAAUUAUUCGUAAAGCUUUGAACAAAUCACCAGAGCCAAUCGCCAUACCUAAAAGCUUCAGUGCUCCAAAUUCACCAAUCUCAAACGACAAUGGCGAAUUAAGCUCCAUCAAGAUAAAUCUCCCCGAAACAAAAGUUAUCAAUAAACUUGACUGGCCUGAAAAAGCUUUAGACCUAAAACCAAAAGUUCUUUCAGCUGGUGCAAAGCUACGAAGGGUUUUAAGCAGCAAUGCAAGAGUCUGUAGUUCUGAUUGGUUAGCACCUCAAGAUAACACCUUCACCGGAGGGUUAAAAAGGGUGCACCAUAGCUCAGGCGACCUGGGUAUGCUCUGGAAUGAGCAGGAAGAAAGAACAGACAUGGUCGACUCGCUUGAUGAUGUGUCAGAACAAGUUUUGGAAGAGGAAGAUGACUUUUUUGGAGACACAACGGAAUUGGAGCAUGAGAAUUCGCCUUUAGAUGAUCAAGUAAACUCGCAUCAUAGGUAUGUACGAAUUGUUAGCAAGCAGAUGGUGGGCAUAUACAUCUCGGUUUGGGUUCGUAAAAGUCUACGAAGACAUAUAAACAACUUAAAAGUGUCACCAGUAGGCGUUGGGCUUAUGGGUUACAUGGGUAAUAAGGGGUCGGUUUCUGUAAGCAUGUCUCUGUAUCAAACAAGGCUAUGUUUUGUUUGUUCUCAUUUGACAUCGGGACACAAGGAUGGGGAUGAAGAGAGACGGAAUUCGAACGUAUCUGAGAUCUUGAAAAGGACUCGUUUUUCGUCUGUUAUAGAUCCCGAUCAACCUCAAACAAUUCCAUGUCAUGAUCAGAUAUUCUGGUUUGGAGACUUGAAUUAUCGUAUCAAUAAGCAGGAUGCAGAGGUCAGAAAGCUCGUUGCCAUGAAACAGUGGGAUGAACUGCUCUAUAGCGAUCAGCUUUGCAAAGAACUGAGAAGGGGGCAUGUUUUCCAUGGAUGGAAUGAAGGAGCUAUUGACUUUGCACCAACAUACAAGUAUGAAAUGAAUUCAGAUAAAUAUGUGGGUGAAAAUCCAAAAGAAGGAGAGAAGAGGAGAACACCUGCAUGGUGUGAUCGCAUAUUAUGGUUGGGAAAAGGCAUAAAACAGCUUUGCUAUAAUCGAGCAGAAAUGAAGAUGUCAGAUCAUCGACCAGUGAGUUCAGUUUUUGUGAUUGAAGUUGAAGUGUUUGACCCACGAAAGCUACGAAGAGCCCUAAAUUUGACUAGUGCUGCAGUGCAUCCCGAGAUCAUAUUAGAUGAAGGGCUGGAACUAUAGCUCUAGUAGCAUCAUGAACAUUAUUAGUUUAUAAUUACUAUACAUUUUUGAUCCUGAAUUUUGGUAGGAUUAACAUGAUAUAGAUUGGGAGAUGGUCU